AUGGCCUCAAAGGAAACUGAUGUCGACAUUUCAGAGGAGACCCAUGCUCCUCAAGGCUCAACUUUGCCUUUCUGGAAACAGACUGAGCUGAGGAAGCUGUACCUUAUGAUGGUCUUUCUCUUCAUGGGCUCGACUACCCUCGGCUACGACUCUAGCUUGCUCAACGGUCUCCAGACAAUGGGAUCAUGGCAGACAUUUUUUGAUCACCCAGAAGGAAGUCGACUAGGUAUCUUUGGCGCUAUGCCUGGCUUCGGAGGUCUCUUUGUCCUUCUCUUCGCUCCAUAUGUCGCCGAUGGACUGGGUCGAAAGAAAGGCACAGCUAUUGGUUGUGUUAUCGUCAUUGUCGGCGCUCUUAUGCAGUGUUUUCCUCAAAAGGGCCACGGACCACGACGCGACGCCCUAUAUCUCGUCGGCCGAUUUAUCAUGGGCUGUGGCUCCAACAUUUCCAACGCCACUUGCCCUCUCCUCAUCACCGAGAUCGCCCAUCCCCGACAUCGAGGCAAGAUCACGACCGUGUAUAACACGCUUUGGUAUCUUGGGAGUAUCAUCGCGGCCUGGGUAUGCUUUGGAACUCUGAGAAACCAGACUGGAAACAUCCAAUGGGUUCUUCCCACCGGACUGCAGUGUCUCAUGCCUGGUAUCCAGCUUCUGGCCAUCUUCAUUGUGCCCGAAAGCCCGCGAUGGUUGAUUAGUAAAGGACGUGAGGAGGAAGCUCGCAAGAUUCUUGUCAAGUACCAUGGCAACGGAGACGAUAACGAUGAUUUUGUCAGGUGGGAAUUCACUGAGAUCGUCAACACCAUUAGACUCGAGCGUGAAUCAUCAGACAAUGGAUGGGCAGAGCUUUGGCGUACCCCAGGUAACCGCAAGCGAUGCGGGUUGAUUAUUGCUACUGCCAUCUUCUCUCAGUGUAGCGGUAACGGUCUUGUCUCAUACUAUCUUGCCGCGAUUCUGAAAACUAUCGGUAUUACGGAUGCUGUCACUCAAGCAUACAUCAACGGUGGCCUCACCAUCUGGUGCUGGCUUGUCUCCCUUCUCGCUGCUUUCUUUGUUGAUCGUGUUGGACGAAGAGUUCUCUUCCUCUUCGCCGGCAUUGGCAUGCUCAUAUCCUUCACCAUCUGGACUGCAUGCAGCGCCGUCUACGCAAAGACUGAAUCGUCUGCUGCUGGUAUUGCCGUUGUCGCUAUGAUCUUCCUCUUCUACGGCGUGGCUGGUGCUGCAUGGCCAGGAUUGACAGUAUCUUAUACUGUUGAGAUCCUACCAUAUAACAUCAGGGCCAAGGGACUUACGCUCUGCUUUUGCUUUACAGCUCUCUCAGGGGUAUUUAACCAGUGGGUGAAUCCUCUUGGGUUGCAGCAGCUUGCAUGGAAGUUUUAUUUCGUUUACAUUGUGAUCCUGGUCAUUGAGUGUCUCGUGAUCUACUUCUUCUUCGUCGAGACGAAGGGCCCUACUCUGGAAGAGAUUGCCGUUCUUUUCGAUGGACAGAACUCUGCUGCUGGGAUCGCCAAGAGCCAAGCGCAGAUGAAGAGUGCAGUUACAGAAGUUGAACACGCUUAGGAGGUUUGGUUGGCGAAAGUAUUGCUCAUGAGGGGUAGAGACAAGUACAUGUCUGCAGGUGCAGCUAGC